CCCCACUUCAGGGAGAAGGUGCUACGCGCCAAAGUCUCUCUCUCAAUCCCGUCAGCCCACUCCGGAAGGUGGAUCGCGAACACGAUUCCCAAUCCCCAAUUAACCCUAGAACAAUACAAGCCGCAAUCGAAGGUGCAGAGACCAACCUCAUCCCAAAUCUCAAUCGCCGCAGCAGUCCGAGGCCGUGGAGGCUGCGCGAGGAGGAAGGUCGUGCCGAGGAUCCAGCCAUGGCGAGCGCGGAUCUGCUGCGGAGGGAGGAGGAGUUCUACUCCUCCCUGUUCGAUUCCGCCAAAGGCGACGGCGUCAAGGCGCGUUCACAGCUGAUCGAGAGGAAGAUUGAAGCCCUCGAGGACAUGGCUACCAAGGUCAGUAACCGGAGAUCACGUAGAUGGCUGAAUGAUCGCUUGCUGAUUGAACUUGUCCCGCGUCUUCAUGUUGAAGAAAUCAAAGGCCUCUUUGCCCCUCCGCCAUGGGGUGAGGAACUGCCCUUGUCAGCAUUCUGCAGGACAAGUGUUGGUGAAUGGGAUGCCUUCAGGAGCAUUGACAUGGAUGAUGAGGCAAGAUUGAUGCAACACAUGAAACAAUCGUCAGAAAAACAGAAGAACCGUGUGGAUGAAGAUGAAUUGAUUGCGCUGAAUGCUUGGCAUCGUAUAGAUCGCCAAACAAGAGAAGCCAUUAAGAGAAAUUUCCUACCUGAUCUGCUUGAAAUAUAUGAAGAACGUGUUAGGGCCUUCAUUGAAGAUUCUAGUGAUAAAGAUGUGCUUGUGCUGAAUGUCCAGGACCCAUUUCAGAGGCUGCUUCUGCACGGUGUUUGUGAGUUUUACAAUGUAACCUCAACAACCAUGAGCAGUGUAAGAGAUGGAAAGCCGUGGAAGGCAACUACGAUUAAGAAGAGGCUGGGCACAGGUGUUCCUUCCAGAAUCACAUUAGUUAGCUUUCUGAGAAUGAAGAAGAAUGGGUCCCAGUAACAUAUCGUUGCGUGAGGACCUGUGGCACCUGCACCCAGAUUUGCUGGGAUGUCUACUAAAGUAUCGACAAUUGCUUUAAAAAAUGUUGCUCAAGAAGACAAACUUGUUGCUUUAGGUUCUGUUUAGGUUGUACACAAAUGUAAAUUAUCCAUGUUUUCAUCUGUGCACACUUCAAGGGAAUUGAUUGGUCGCAGGCUAUGAUAUCGAAUGCUUGUUGCCUGUUGCACCUA